UGCUAUGGUUCCAGUACAACCGCCGCCGCUCUCGCCACCGCUCUGCACGCUGCCGCCGCGCCCCGCACCCCCGCGCUUUGUGUGCUACUGCGACGGGGAGGGAAUUGGGGCCAAGGGCCAAGGCAUCUUCAACCUCUAUGUGACGGACGCCGUGGAGCUUUGGAGCACCUGCUUCACGCCGGACAGCCUGGCGGCCCUCAAAGCCCGUUUUGGCCUGAGUGCAACUGAGGACAUCACCCCCCGGUUCAGGUCAGCCUGCGAGCAGCAAGCUGUGACUUUCACCCUGCAGGAGGAUGGAGCAUCCCUAAGCCUUUCAGGGGGGCCCUCGGCACUAGGCUUUGACCUCUCCAAGGUGCCAGGCCCAGAGGCAGCCUCCAGGUUGCAGGCACUGACACUGGGCCUGGCAGAGCGCGUGUGCAGCUUGGAGCAGCGGCUGGCAGCUGCGGAGGAGAGAGCCGUCAGCUCCAGGAAGAGCACUCGGCCGGUGGGGCCUCAGCAGUUCUUACCAGGUGCCCCCCAUCUCGUUUCCCCCAGACCCAGAUCCCCAGAGAGGCGGCCCUGGGCCUGGGGCCAGAAGGCGGUGUCCUGGAGAGUCCCUCAUCAACCCUGGCUUCAAGAGUAAGAAACCAGCCAGUGGUGUAGAUUUUGACGACCUCUGAGCGUGCAGCAAAAAGCGUGAUCCUGCUGGGAAUCUUCCCAUGAGGGGAGGGGCGGCCCCCCAAAACCCACAACGUCCACCUGCCCAUCCUGUCGCCCAGUGGAGCAAACGUGCUUCUCGAGCCCCUUCCCGUCAAAUAAACAGCUUCCUCAGGUGGA